AUGGCGACGGCCAAUGGAACCAGAGAAAACAGAUUCCUUAUUUGGGGCGGUAGGGGAUGGAUUGCGGGUCACCUCGAGAAGCUUCUCAAAAGUCAAGGCAAGGAAGUCUUCAGAACCACCAUCCGUAUGGAAGAUCGUGCGGCCGUGAAGGCAGAGUUAGAUGCAAUCAAACCUACUCACGUACUAAACUGUGCGGGGUGUACUGGCCGUCCCAACGUCGAUUGGUGCGAAGAUCAUAAAGAGGACACGAUUCGCUCGAAUGUUAUCGGGACGUUGAACUUAGCCGACUGCUGCUUCCUUGCUGGUAUUCACUGUACCGUGUUUGCCACCGGUUGCAUCUAUCACUACGACGACGCCCACCCGAUCGGUGGUCCCGGAUUCAAGGAGACGGACCAGACGAAUUUCACGGGCAGUUUCUAUUCUGAGACCAAGGGCCACGUUGAGGAGGUUAUAAAAUAUUACGCAAACUGCUUGAUCCUCCGCUUGCGCAUGCCGGUGUCAGAUGAUCUACAUCCACGCAACUUCGUCACCAAGAUUAGCAAAUACGAACGCGUAGUUGAUAUCCCAAACAGCAACACAAUUCUAACCGACCUUCUGCCGGCAUCUAUCCUGUUGGCAGAACAUAAAGACACGGGGGUUUAUAACUUCACUAACCCAGGCGCCAUUAGCCAUAACGAAGUAUUAACGCUCUUCAGAGAUAUAGUGCGUCCGGGCUUCACGUGGAAGAACUUCACCGUGGAGGAGCAAGCCAAGGUGAUCAAAGCUGGCCGCAGCAAUUGUUUGUUGGACACGGAGAAACUAGAAAAGAAGUUAAAGGAAUAUGACUACUCGGUGCCCGAGGUCCACCAGGCUUAUAGGCAAUGUUUUGAGAGAAUGAAAGCUGCAGGGGUUAAAUGA